AUGGGGCGUCUCCGGAAUGGGCGGACGCGGUGUCUCGACGCGCGCGGCGUCAGCACGCGCGCGCUCGUCGCCGUGACGGUCCUCGCGCUCGGCGUCGCGUCAACUGCGACCGGGACGGAAUCUGCGUCAAUUCUCUCGAGCGCGCGCGAUGACGACGGCGACUCUGGAGAGGGAAGGGACUCCACGCUCUCGUCAUGGCUCGCAAAGUUCACGUUCGACGUUCCAACGCAGACGUUCAGGGUACCUUACGCGGGAAUAGAAGUCGAACUGAGCGCCUUUCGGUGCUCAAACGUGUCGGUGGGCGCGCUGACAAGCGACGUGGAUUCAUUGGACCGCUCGUUCGGGGCCGUGGCGAACGACGAUCAAGGCGAACUCACGGCGUAUGUGAAAGACUUAAGAUUUAUGUGUGACCUCAGGUGGUCGGUGACGGACAGAUUCCGGAACCGCGCGAUCGGAGACGCAAAGACGGAGGUGGCGGGCUCAGACGCGCAGUUCUCUCUCGGGUUGGACGUAGAUCCCAAUGGCUCGCCACCGCUUCCCAGAGAAAUCAAAUUAACAAACUGCCGGGCGCACAUCACAGCAACUGAUUUAUCAUUCAAUGGUGGACGUUUUGCCACGGUUUUGAACGCUGCAUCACCCGCGAUCAGAGUAGAGCUGAGUAGAACAUUGAGCGCGCUCGCGUGCUCUGGCUUCGCGAGCGGUUUAGAAAACUUUAGCGGAACGGCGAGUGGUCAGAGAUGGGAGGACGGUCAGCUCGCACGCGAUGAACGAGCGAUGGCAAGCUUAUUUCGACCCGCCGAACCUGCGUCGUUUCCGAGGUACAACGCGACGGCUGGUGUCUCAAAUCUGAGCACAAGUCCACUCGUGCGCUGGCUCGAGUACAUGUCGGAGGCAUACAUCGGCGCGCAAGGUCCACGAUCGGUGAGCGCGUUCGCGCGUUGGAUUGAGGAUCAAAACGAGCGGAACGAUGAAAAUAAUGUCAACGUCGUUCGUGUACCCCCGGUGUGGUUGUUCGAUUCUCAGACGCACUUGCCGAAGAUGAGCUUGAUGCAAACAGACAUACAGUGUUUUACACGCGUCAAGGCUUCGUCUCGACGACCACUAGGAGACCGAGUAAAGCGCGCUGCGAUUUGA